GUUCAGUGAACAUUUCAGUAGAUCCUCUCAUGCUUAUCGUCCAGUUACCUUCAUUCUUAAUUAACUGCCAUUUAUAACCAUUUUCGUCUCCAUUUCCGACAUGAAUCACCUCAGAAUUCGUUGAUUUUAAGGAAAAAAAGAAAGAAACAAAGUUGUUGGUUUUUACAAUUCUUUUUAAGGCAGGAAAUUUCCAAUUGGGUCAGAUCUUGGUAUUUACUCACUACUUAUUCUCUGCUAACUCUUUUUACUUUUAUGCGAAGUUCAUUCAUUAUCUGGAAGAUCGCUUCCAGUUUCACCUCAUAAACAAGCUUAGAAAGUUAAAACAGAGCCCUUCACGCGAAACCCAGAUUUUUAUUGUUGUUGAUUCUGCAAAUUUUGUACCCUUUUGAGCUGAGAUCAAAAUUUAUUGACUUGAAGAAGGGGAAAUGGCUUGGUCAACGCUGUCGGAUAGGUUUCCUCUCCAGUGGGUAGUCUUUGGUUUUGCCGUUGACGUGAGAUUCCAGCUCGAGCGACAAAAUGGUGGAGUUUUCAACAUCCCAUUGUGGGUUGGCUUUGUUUUUACCUUUCAGGGUUUCAUUUAAAAUCUACCUUCGUUUUGUUGAAGCAGCGUUUUGUGUUGGUCAAAUCUGGGGGCUUCUAAAUGAAAGGGAGGAAGCUUAGAACAGUAUAAACUGCUCUGUUUCAAAGAAUCUGCCUUUUGGGGGUUUCUGAUUUCUGGGCUCCUUAUUUGUUGAUUGUUUUUAAGACCCCAUUUCUGGAAUAAGAGAGCUGUUUUUGGUGUUGGCUUAGAAAUGGGCGGUGGUAGAAGACGAAGGAAACAGCAUUUCAGAAGGAUUCAUGCCUUUCCUUGUGGUAGAGCAUCAUUCAAAGAUGAACAGUCAUUAAUUGGAGGGCCAGGGUUCUCAAGGGUAGUUUACUGUAACGAUCCAGAUGGUUUUGAGGCGAGUCUUCUCAACUAUGGAGGCAAUUAUGUCAAAACUUCAAAGUAUACUAUUGCUUCAUUCUUCCCCAGAUCCUUGUUUGAGCAAUUCAGAAGGGUUGCCAAUUUGUAUUUCCUCCUUUGUGCUUUGCUUGCCUUUAGCCCUCUCUCGCCUUAUUCGCCCAUCAGUAAUGUUCUUCCUCUUCUUCUUGUUAUUGGUGUCACCAUGGGCAAAGAGGGUGUUGAAGAUUGGAGGCGAACCAAACAGGACAUGGAGAUGAAUAACAGGAUAGUGAAAGUACAUAUUCAAGAGGGUGAGUUUGUUGAGACUAAAUGGAUGGACUUGAAAGUUGGGGACGUGGUUAAGGUGGAGAAGGAUGAAUUCUUCCCUGCUGAUCUCAUUUUACUGUCGUCGAGUUACGAGGAAGCGAUUUGCUAUGUCGAGACGAUGAAUCUUGAUGGCGAAACGAAUUUGAAGCUAAAGAAUGCAUUAGAAGCAAGCUCGAACUUCCACGAGGAUUCGAGCUUUAAGAAUUUCAAGGCUGUAAUAAAAUGUGAAGACCCCAAUGCAAAUUUGUAUUCCUUUGUGGGAAGUAUGGAGCUUGAAGAACAGCAACACCCUCUCAGCCCUCAGCAGCUUCUUCUUCGUGACUCGAAGCUGCGAAACACGGAUUUUAUAUACGGGGUCGUGAUCUUCACGGGUCAUGAUACGAAGGUUAUUCAGAACUUAACAGCUCCUCCUUCCAAGAGAAGCAAGAUUGAGAAGAGGAUGGAUAAGAUUGUGUUCUUCCUGUUUGCUGUUUUGGUUUUAAUAUCAAUUGCUGGGUCGAUUUUUUUCGGAGUUUCGACUAGGGACGAUAUAGAGAACGGAAGAGCUACGAGAUGGUACCUUAGGCCAGACGAUACCACAAUAUAUUACAAUCCCAAAAACGCUCCAGCUGCGGCAAUAUUGCAGUUUUUGACAGCUCUGAUGCUUUUUAGCUAUUUGAUUCCCAUAUCAUUGUAUGUGUCCAUUGAAAUUGUCAAAGUUCUGCAGAGUGUCUUCAUCAACCAAGAUCUUCACAUGUACCAUGAGGAAACUGAUAAGCCAGCUCGUGCUCGUACCUCGAAUUUGAAUGAAGAGCUUGGCCAAGUUGACACCAUUCUUUCUGAUAAAACCGGGACAUUGACCUGCAAUUCAAUGGAGUUCAUCAAGUGUUCGGUGGGCGGGACUGCUUACGGACGAGGAAUUACAGAAAUAGAGAGAGCUCUUGCAAGACGAAAGGAAUCAACUUUACCUGAAAAUUUAGAGGCCAACAUUGCACGUCUUAGCAGCGAAAAACCGUUCAUUAAGGGGUUCAAUUUCAAGGACGAAAGAAUAAUGGAUGGUAAUUGGGUGAACGAGCCUCGAGCCGAUGUAAUCCAGAAGUUCCUACAGCUUCUUGCUAUCUGUCAUACUGCAUUGCCAGAAAUUGAUGAGGAAACAGGAAACAUUUCAUAUGAAGCUGAAUCACCAGACGAGGCAGCUUUUGUGAUUGCAGCCAGAGAAUUUGGAUUCGAGUUCUAUGAACGGACUCAGACAAGCAUUUCGUUGCGGGAGUUCGAUCCAACCUCGGCCCGAAAAGUUGAAAGAUCAUAUCAACUCCUGGAUGUUUUGGAAUUUAAUAGCACAAGAAAACGGAUGUCUGUGAUUGUAAGAGAUGCACAGGGACAGCUACUACUACUCUGUAAAGGAGCUGACAGUGUUAUGUUUGAAAGACUUGCAAAGAAUGGAAGUGAGUUUGAAGAACAGACAAAGGUGCACAUCAAUGAGUACGCCGAUGCCGGUUUAAGAACUUUGGUUCUAGCGUACCGUGAGCUGAAAGUGGAGGAGUUUAAUAAAUUUCAUCAAGAAUUCAUGAAAGCCAAGAACACAGUGAGCACGGAUCGUGACGACACCAUCGAUCGGUUAACAGAAAGCAUCGAGAAAGAUUUGAUUCUUCUUGGUGCUACAGCAGUUGAAGAUAAACUUCAAAAUGGGGUCCCUGAAUGCAUUGACAAGCUUGCUCAGGCUGGUAUAAAAAUAUGGGUGCUGACUGGUGAUAAAAUGGAAACAGCCAUCAACAUUGGCUUUGCUUGUAGUUUACUUAGGCAAGGAAUGAGGCAAAUCACUAUCAGCUCAGAGACUGUGGAAGGAAAAGCUCUAGACCAAGUUGAAGAGGUUCACAAAUCUGCAGCUAUCAAGGCGUUUAAGGAAAGCGUGACUCGACAAAUAACCGACGCAAAAGCAUUACUUGCAUCUUCAAGCAAAACCCCGGAAGCGUUGGCUUUGAUAAUUGAUGGAAAGUCGCUCACCUACGCUCUGGAGGACGAUGUGAAAAACUUAUUUCUGGAGCUUGCCAUUGGCUGUGCUUCAGUUAUCUGCUGCAGAUCAUCUCCUAAACAGAAAGCACAAGUUACCCAAUUGGUUAAGGUCAAAACAGGUAGCACCACUCUAGCAGUCGGUGAUGGUGCAAACGACGUCGGGAUGCUUCAAGAAGCGGAUAUCGGGAUUGGUAUUAGCGGUGUAGAAGGGAUGCAGGCAGUCAUGUCGAGCGACAUUGCCAUAGCACAGUUUCGAUAUUUGGAGCGGUUGCUCCUUGUGCAUGGACAUUGGUGUUACAGGAGAAUCUCUUCCAUGAUAUGCUAUUUCUUCUACAAGAACAUUGUUUUUGGGUUCACUCUCUUCUUCUUUGAGUUGUAUGCAUCAUUCUCCGGCCAAUCUGUAUUCGAUGACUGGUUCCUUUCGCUGUAUAACGUCUUCUUUACGUCUCUCCCUGUGAUCGCAUUGGGAGUAUUCGACCAGGACGUUUCAUCCCGCCACUGUCUCAAGUUCCCACUUUUAUACCAAGAAGGUGUCCAAAACGUGUUGUUUAGUUGGGUUCGAGUUAUCGGUUGGGUGUUCAACGGGCUACUAAGUUCUAUCAUCAUCUUCUUCUUUUGUGUCGGGGCAAUCGAAUAUCAAGCUUUCCGCAGCAGUGGAGAGGUCGUCGGGUUGGAAAUUCUGGGCGUCACCAUGUACACUUGUGUCGUCUGGGUUGUAAACUGUCAAAUGGCAUUGUCAAUCAGUUACUUCACAUAUAUCCAACAUCUCUUCAUCUGGGGCAGCAUCAUUCUCUGGUACUUAUUCCUCAUGGCAUAUGGAGCUAUAAACCCAACCAUAUCAACCACUGCAUUUCAGGUCUUCGUCGAGGCCUGCGCCCCGGCGCCAUCGUUUUGGAUCCUCACACUAUUAGCACUGGGAGCUUCCCUUCUCCCAUACUUCAUCUACGCAUCCAUCCAAAUGCGAUUCUUCCCAAUGAAUCAUCAAAUGAUUCAAUGGAUAAAAGCCGAUGGGCACGCGAACGACCCAGAAUACUGUCAAGUAGUGAGACAACGAUCGUUACGACAUACAACCGUCGGUUACACAGCUCGGUUCAAAGCAUCAAAGCAUCUUAGAGAAAUCCCAGAAAGCAACAACCAUUAGUCUGCUGAUGAGAUCCUUUACCAUAGAAAGAUCCGACACUUUUGCAUAGGAAGUUUCUUCUCAAUGUAUAUAAUAUAUAUAUAUACAUAUGUUUAUACAACAGAUGUAUAUAAGAUUCUUGUGUUCUGCUGCUCCUUGUUGAAGCCAACCAAACAAAGAGAAGCGCCAGUUAAUUGGUUAAAAGG